AUGCGGCGCGGCGCCACAGGACACUGGGCAGGAGAUGCUGCUUGCAAGUUCCCUUCGGCUGGAAGCAAGCCGCAGGCAUCCCAACCUAGGGCUGCGAUGAUGGCCUACAUGUCUGACUCGUCAUCCGAUGAUGGUGACUGUGUGAUCCUGACCCAUGGACACAGCAGUACACCGACGGCCAUGAUGGGUUAUUCGGUUGCAAGAGGUAGACCCAAGGGCGCCCCAAAACCAACCGCCAAGCCAUCAGUUCCAGUGCCGUUGCUCGUGGCCGAAAGAGUUGAGAACACAGACCCCCAAACAUUGCAAGUGGUUACCAAUCUGACUGGGGAUGGUGCCGGUGAUCGCAUGUCAAGUGCUGAAAUCCAAGCCGUGUUGGCCGUAUUCACUCAGAGCUUGCUUGACUCAGGCCCGAAGUCACCAGCAAACCUUCACAAAGAGCUGGAUGACGCGAUCAUCGAGGUGAUGGCGGUGCAGGACCCGGAAGCCUACCCACCAGAUUCCGAUGACCCAGAAGAUUGGGCACAACUGGAUGAGGGGGCUGCGUUGACGUUGGCGGAGUUGACGGGACCCAGAGGUUUCACUGGCUGUGCGGGCAAACCCCGACACAGGCCUUUCCGCCCAGCGGCGUGUGUUGCAAACAUGGACCGUGGCCAUGUGGUGUUCCAAUUCAACGGAGACGUUGGGACAACCACGAAUCUUGAAGGACAACACAAUUGCGUGUCGAUUGUGACCGGUGGCGAGCUGACGAGAUUGAGCCCACGGCAGGCAGACGGCAAGGUGAUCCUGCCGAUUGACGUUCGUGAGACCCACGAUCCGGAUGGUGGAACUCACAGGCGGCAAUUCUCUUCACCUGCCGAAGCAAUAGGUGCGGUGGUCAAUGCAGGGUCUCGAGCCGGUGUGGAGCGCAUCAUCGGCCUUUGCUGGGAAGUGUUCAAGGCCCUGGGAAUCCCCGAGGACAAGAUGUAUGAGCCUUGGGAGAAUGCGGGGCCGAUUAUCCGUGGAUCUCUGGCGACGGCGAGGAUUCGUGGGGCGUACGUGAGAGAUCGCUCCGACAGUGGAGGCGGUGCAAGCGUGACGCCUGGAGGCGAUGCACUCCGUGCAAGAAGAGAUGCAGAGAGAGCCCACGGGAGAAGACAUCACGAGGAGAUUCGAGAUCACGACAUCGUGGGCGAGGACGUGAUUCAAGGAGACGGAGUGACUCACGAGCUCGUGGUCGACGAGGUGAUUCCCGGAGACGCUCGAGGUCAAGGCCAAGGGAACCAAGAGCACCAGAACGACCUCCCCGACGACCGGCGGCGCCAGAGGACCCACGCAAGCGAGAUAUCGGUGGACGCAUUGAACGCCAUGAUCGUGAAGUCAGGAGCCCACGAUCGCAUGAUGUGGGAAGGCCCAGGCGAUCGCAAUCAGAACGAGGUCAACGUGAGAUUUCAGACAAGGACCGUGGACACCGGUUGGAAUGGUGAGAACCUUGUGGCGAUGCAGGGCACGCCAGAUCUGUGGGACAUGUUUCAAGGUGUUGACUUCUUUGUUUUCAUUAUUGGUUAUGAUUCAGAAGAUCAUCAACUUAUGCAUGGUGAAUUGUUGACAGAGGUUCAAUCGUUUUGUGAAGCAUCAGGAUCACGAUGGAUGAACGUGGAUGCAUUGGACACCACAAGAUGGGACCAGUAUGCCGAGGUUGAAGCCCCAAUCAUCUGUUCCCAGUCCAUUGGCAUGACCACCAACGAUGAUGAAGUCAUGGUGAGAAUGGCUGUUUGGUGUGAUCAAGCCAGCACGUCCCACGAUGAAGAUGACCCUGGAAUGCCUCAUGAAGAAGUGUUCACCGCGUCAUUCCAAGAGCUGAUUUUGGGAUUAGGAGAUGAAUUCCAUGUUGAUUCCAUGACGCGUGCUGCCUUCCCAGCUGCGCUGCAAGAAGAGCAGGCUGAUAGGUUUCAGGUGGAUCCCGAUGAACCACCAGGAGCCGAGUUGAACCGUGAGGCAAUGGCUGAGGAGUUGCUAGCCGAUGAGCAGCUUCUGGACACAGUUGAAGUGCCAGGAUUGCCCCAGAGGGAGGCAGAGCGUAGAGCUGCGUGGAAGAAACUCCCCCAAAGGGUUAGGAUUGCCAUCCGUCGUUUGCGUCGACAGUUUGGCCAGUGCCCCGGGAAUGUUUUGGUGAACUUGUUGAGAGCUGCUAGGGUAGAAAAGAAAUAUGUGAAUGCGUACCGGUUUGGAGCAUGCCUGGGAAUCGAUCUCCUGGAGAUCAAGGACAGCACAGGUGCUGUUUACACAUGUUUAAACAUGGUCGACAUGGGAAUCACGUUCCAGCAAUUGCAUGUGAUCCGGAAGGGACAUAAUGCGACAAGUACCCAAGUGAUCAAGACACUGAGCGACCGUUGGUUUUCCUGGGCGGGAUUUCCAAAACAUGGAAUCCAGAUGAGAAAUGCUCCGUUGGAAACGCCGGAAGCAGUGGGACGCGUCGAAAGACACGGGGGGAUAACAAAAGCGAUGAUGAAGAAGAUGCGCGCGGAAAUCCAACCAUAUACCAUUGAACAGAUGCAACACUGCGUAAAUGAAAUCUGCAUGAUCAAGAAUUCCACGGCACGCGUUGGAGGGUUCAGCCCAAGUCAAUGGGUACUAGGCCAGAACCCGAGAGGGAUGCCUAGCUUUAUGUCAGAGGAAUCGUUCGCUGACUUGGGAGCCGUGGGGGACUCUGCAGAUCCCGGGAGCAUGAAGCAAGAGCUGCUGCGAAGAGAGCCUACGUGUAUCUUGACGCAAACAAAAGAGUCGCUCGAGCAAUGUUGA